AUGUCCUGCUACAGCCCGUGCCUGCCAUGCCAGCCCUGCCAGCCCUGCGGCCCGACCCCGCUGGCCAACAGCUGCAAUGAGCCCUGUGUCAGGCAGUGCCAGGACUCCACCGUCGUCAUCCAGCCCUCCCCCGUGGUGGUGACCCUGCCCGGACCCAUCCUCAGCUCCUUCCCACAGAACACCGCCGUGGGAUCCUCCACCUCCGCUGCCGUUGGCAGCAUCCUCAGCUCUGCGGGAGUGCCCAUCUCCUCCGGGGGCUUUGGCCUCUCCGGCCUCUCUGGCUUGGGCAGCCGCUCCUGCGGCACAAGGUGCCUCCCCUGCUAA